AUGCUUGAGUUUGAGGGAAGCAGUCUGUUCCGACACCAUAUUGUGUGCAGCCUCCUCACCAACAAACCGGUCCGUGUCUCGGGCAUUCACGACGAAGAUGAACCGCAGGGAAUUAUUGCCACCGAAGCCAACUUCCUCAAGUUCAUUGAUCGCGUGACUGGUGGCUCUAAAUUUGAGUGCACAGAUAACAACACUACCUUGACGUUCUACCCGGGCAUGAUCCUCGGCGGGAACUUUUCGCAUGAGGUUCCUAGCUGCCGUUGCGUGAGCUAUAUCGCCGAGGUUGCUGUUCUUCUUCUUCCUUUUGCAAAGUUGGAUACGAAGCUGACGUUGGUUGGAUCGACGCAAGGCGAGAUGGAUCUUUCUGUUGACACCCUCCGAACGGUGACUACGCGCUGGUUACAACUGUUCGGUGUAGAGUGCAGUGUGCGAAUCAUUCGUCGUGGAGCACAUCCGGGCGGUGGUGGGGCAAUUGAACUGCAAUGCAAGGCGCUUCGGAAACUAACUUCCGUUGAUGCAACAACUCGAGGUAGGGUUCGUCGUAUCCGCGGUAUCUCUUUUGGAUCUCGUGUAGCGGCAGAUCUUGCUCACCGUGCAGCCACCGCUGCAAAGGGUGUGCUUUUAAAUCUCCUUCCCGAUGUCUAUGUGGUGACGGAUUUAGACAACUCCAAAACACAUCAUGGGGAACCGUCGAGUGGUUAUGGGGUUCUUUUGGUUGCCGAAACGACCAGCAAACAUUGCGUUAUAUCCCAAGAGGCCACCGCGGCACCACGGGAGCCUCCUGAAGCCGUCGGAAAACGAGCAGCUGAGCUUCUCCUGGACCAAGUAUUUGAGGGCGGAUGUGUGGAUGCACAUCAUCAGAUGCUUGUUCUGAUUCUUAUGGCUCUCAGUCCAGAUGAAGUGUCAACCGUGCGAUUUGGCCAACUGACUGGGAGUGCCGUAUCUGCCGUGAUGCUACUGGAGGCUUAUUUUGGGGUUGUAUGCGCAACGAAAGAGGAACUGUCAAUGACGGGCGAGAAUGCUCCUUCCAGCACUCUCAUUACAUGCGUUGGAAGUAAUACUGUUAACGUGUGGAAGAAAAGUGGAUAG